AUGCUACAACCCGAGCUGCUCAUCACUUCAAUUUGUCUCCCUUUAAGGUAUCAUAGUAUUGUUACUGAAACAUCAAUUGCUGCUAUUCUGCUGUUUGUAUGGAUUUUUUUGGUGAGUGUAAUUGCAACCAUGGUUGGGCUUGUUAAUCGUCUUUCAUUCUGUAGAUCUUUAGUAAUAAACAGCUUUUAUUGUGAUCAUGGACCAAUUUAUCAUCUAGCUUGUAAUGAUACAUCUUUAAAUUUCAAGUUAGCAUUUUCCCUAGUCAUUAUAAUUCUCAUCAUUCCCCUAGCAUUCAUAGUAGUCACAUAUAUCUGUAUUUUCAUAGCACCGAGGAGGACUACUUCAAGAGAGGAACGAGUCAGAGCGUUAGAAACUUGUACUUCUCACCUGAUCCUUGUGGUCAUGUUCUUCUUGGCAGUUGGAAUCACUAACAUAGUUGCAAUGGCCUUCUACAUUGAUCCUAAUGCUAGAAUGAUAAAUUACACAUUGACACACACCAUACCACCUUUGCUCAAUCCUAUUGUAUAUGCUUUAAAGACAGAAGAAGUGAAAAAUGCAAUAAAACAGCUUUGUAAAAGAAAUAAUGUUAGCAAUACAGUCACAAAAUGGUGA